UCACUGAGUUUGUGUUGAAGUUUUGAACGAUUUGUGCACGUUUUCAAUCUAGAAAUGUGAAAUUUUGUGAUAUUUUUUAAACAAAACCAUAUUUUGGUAAGAUCAGAAGCUACAGAUAAUGGGUAGCAGCGGUAACGCAAAGAAACAAGAAUGUAAAGACAGUGGACAUCGCGAGAAGAAGCUAGAGGACAUAUCUACUGAUCAUCCCGCGCAAACUGUCAAGAAACACAAGAAGAGAACCAAGAAGCUUGUAUCACAGCUUAAAGAACAGAUUGAAUUUUACUUCAGUGACUCCAAUUUGCAGAAAGACAGAUUUUUGAAACAGGAGAUAGUCAAAGAUGAAAAUGGAUAUGUAAAGAUCAAAACAAUUGCAGAUUUUAACAGAAUGAAACAACUGACUGGUGARAUUGGCUUGGUGAUAAAAGCAAUGAAAUCAUCAUCACUUCUUCAGGUGAACAAUGAAGAGACUAUGGUGAAGAGAAUUGCUCCACUACCUGAAGCAAAGAAUGUCGAUGCAGAAACAAUUUAUGUUGAAAAUCUUCCACCACAAACUGACCAUGACUGGUUGAGAAAGAUUUUUUCACAGUUUGGAAAAGUUACUUAUGUUAGUAUCCCUCGAUUCAAAUACACAAGCAAUAUAAAAGGAUUUGCCUUUAUAGAGUUUGAGAACUCAGCUGAAGCCAACACCGCUGUUGAYGCAUUCCGCAAAGAAACCGACGAAAAMGACAAUCAAAGUGAAGAUCAAAAAUUGAAACGUCGCAAGAGAUCACACAGCGAGUCUGAGGUGGAAAACGCAAAACAGAGUAAUAAAACUGAYAGGAAAAGACGGCGAACAACRAGUGAAUCUUCAGCUGACUCYCUAGAGGGAAACUCCAAUUCACCAAAGAAAAAGCAACGUUGUAUUGUACCUGAUCAAAAUCUAAAAACUGAAGAAGAAUCAAAUGGAUCAGAUGGAGAAAAGGCACGAAAACGAAAAAGAAAUGACAAAACGGUUCACUGGAAACAACACGAUGAGAGUAAAYGCGAACCAGCAGUUACAAYGGAAGCAGAAACAAUAGAAAAUAGUGGAACGCCUAACAAGAAACCAAAAGUUUCACCGUCUGAUUCAAACACAGAAAAUGAAGAAAGCGAAGAAACUGUUAAGAAGAAAAAAGUGAAGAAYAGGAAGCGUAAAGUCAAAGAGAAGAAAGAAGCAAAGCUGCCACAUUUUCGUGUUAUACCAAAGCUUGAAUGGAUGCAACUAAAGCAGGAGUACAAAAAACUCCAGAGAGAAUCCAUGCAAGAGCUAAAGAAACAGCUGCAAGUCAGUGCCAGUAAACAGGGGGYUGAAGACGAAAYCCACCAGACACCCAGCCAAACYAAGGAAUCUGCARCGAAGAACAAGAGCGAAGACAAAGAUAAAUCUACUGUUAGAGAGUUGCCAUUUACACCUGGCGUUUUACUGCAUUUCAAAUGCUUGAGUGGCACAGACCUUCCAAAGGCCGAAAUUCGAACAAGAGUUACAGUACAUGCACCAUUAGCUUACAUUGACAUCACAGAAGGAACAGCAGAGGGAUAUAUUAGAUUCCAUACUGCAGAUAAUUGUACAACCGUACUGGAUAAUAUGGACUCCUCUUCUGGACUGGAACUCAAUAAAGUAACAGGCGAGCAAGAGCGUGAAUACUGGAGAAAGAUCAACGCGGARKGAGUAGCACGGUACCAAGCAAAACGGCAGAAGAAAAGAGGGACUGAAAAAGUAGCAASAAAGGUCGAUGCUGUCCAGGUUAAUCACCAAGUAACYCAUAUUCGAUUCGACGAAGAAUAGCUUUACAUCGACACCCUUUGUUAUCGAUUACUAACAUGAAAGCAAAUUUGUAAAUGAAAAUGAUYCGCAUUUUUCCAUGUAAGAAAGAAAUAGAUCAUACAUUGAUUUCUCACUAAAUCUYUUACCAUAAAGAUACCAAUCACUCUUUUAAUUUAGUUUUGAAUAAAAGACAGAAAUUGUAGAUAA